AUGGAUGAGCUACCCUUCCGGAACUGGUGUCUGAGCUGCCUUCAUACCAGUAUCGCAAAUUAUGACCCUCGGCAAAGCAGGCCCUUUGAAAUCUACUGUGAUGUCAACGAAAUCGCUAAUAACGCAUCUUGUGGGCAGUGUCUAGAUCGAAAGAUUACCUGCGAAUCGCCCUCCUUGGGAAUGCUAGGCGAUGUCUACGACCUCUGCACAGUUUUGGAGUGGGCUAGUAGGUUUUGGUCUCGCGACGAAACCUUUUACUGGAACUCAAGCUUUCAUCUUGCUGUUUGUGAGGCCUCCAAGGAGCUCUGCCUCAGGUUUGAGCAUGUUGAAAUGACCCAUCGCCGCGUCCAUAUGUUGACUGCUAUUGAUUGGUACGAUACUAGCGAAGAGCAAAAUGCUGAUGUCAAUAACUACCGAAGAUUCCUUGCUGAACGCCGCGCCUCGCUACGUGCUAUGCCGGCUCCCCUCACCGGAAUGACUGAUCGUCAGGACUGGGUUACUUACAAUCCUGAGAGACUGCUCCGCCUCUGCAAAGGUGACUCUGGUUUUGUGGAGUGGUCGGAGGCUAAGGCUGAGUUCCUUAAUCGUAUCCUGCGGGCAUCCCUUUCAAUCUACGGUCGUGAUGGAUCUAACUUCGGAAGACGGAGACUGACAUUCAUCGAGGAAAGAUUCCCCGUGAAUCUGGAGUAG